AUGACGCGCCAUUUAAUUUUUCUUAUCGAAAUCGGAUCGGACGUGGGCGAUCAUGAAAAGGUAAACCCUAGACGGGUGUCUCGGGUAUUUUUUUCUUUUCCAUGCCUCACCCUAUUGUCUCUACGGAACAAAUUUCGACAGUAUACCGUGUUGCACUGGGGCGCGAAAUAUGGCAACGUCGAGAUCGUCAAAAUUUUCGCGGGGAAGUACAAGGUGGACGUGAACGGAAAAACAGUAAGUAACCCUCUUCGAUUUCGUUCUUCGGACGAUGCUAUUGGUUUAAAGGGUCCUUUGACGCAAACUCGAGCCGUAGGACUCUUGGAUCAAUGCCAGUCCAUUAAACGAAUAAUAAUAUCACUUUUUUAUUUUCAUGGUUAUCGCUUCGCUGGCUUCGCUUGGACUCAGAACGGGGGUUAUACGCCGCUGCAUAUAUCUGCUCAAUUCGGCCACAAGGACCUGUUCAAGCUGCUCAUCGAAGUCUAUAAAGCCGACCCAAACGUGCGGGACUACAGCGGCCGUACCGCCGAGUACUACCUCAUCGUCAAGGAGCAAAAGGAAAACGGCGGCGUGACGCUGCGCACAGUUAAGGGACGCAAAAAACAAUCAGACAAGGAUCUAGGGUUCCUAAGGAUAGGUUCCUUCAAUGUAAGAGUGAAGAAGACAACGGAAGCGUUCAGCAACUUCCUAGGGGUAGGUAACAAUACCUGCAGCAUCGUCAACCCCGUCGAUCCGUUCGUGGACAAAGUCCACAAGGGAUGGGGCUCGGCCGAUAACGUCAACAAGGACGGCGCUGGCCCCAAGGGGUACCUGACGAGGAAAAAGUCGAAACGGGCGCUUGAUUCGGGCUUGAGCAGUACCCCCACCACUCCCAAAACGCCCACGAGGAGCUUUUCGUCUUUAGCGCGAAACGAUUCAGAUUCUGAUUCCGCGGGAUUCGACUCGAAUUGGAAAAAUUAACCUCGCGGAGUCUCGAUUAUUAUUAUUUGCUCUCUAUUGUUUUUAAUUGAAGUUGUCCAAGUAAUAUUUUUAAUAAAAGACCUUUUUAGUUGCUUUUAAUUGUUUACCUUCACAUUGUUGCA